UGUACACUGUGCCAGGAAACAAUCACUCUUCACAUACAGCAGAUUGCUGACAGAAAUGGCAGAAGUGCCGUGGCAGAAACUGGCAGAAAAGCUUUCUUAAAAUAGCAGAUUUUGUUAGUCUUGGUGAUACGUUAGAAAGAUAACCAAGUCCAACCUCUCUGUUGAUGCUCUGCUUUAAAUGUUGUUGAAUGAGCCCAGGCUCUGUCACCACGAUUGGUGUGCUCAGCGGCAGCUCAGCAAUGUUUUCUAUAGGAAUUGAAAACCUGCAGAACCUCUCCAAAAUGAGCAAGGACAAUGAGAGAUGCUUCAUAGAUGUGGUAAAUGGUACUUGGUUGGCUGGCUGUGGCACAUGUUACAGACGUCUGAACUUGCAGAAUGGCUCUCUAGUGCUAAGGAGUGUGGAGAAGGAGGAUGAAGGAAAUUAUGAAUUUGUUUUUAACAACAUCAGUAAAUCCUUUGCACUGGAAGUGUUUGAGCCAGCCAUUGCUAUCCAGUGCUUCCCCAAUGGGACCGGAGAGUUGUCCUGCAACGUGCCCAGCAACGAGAGGAUGAGAUUUGAGUGGCUGCUGAAUGGCAGUGAGCUGAAGACCUCCGAGGCUUGCAUUAAGGAUGGUGGGAAGAAGGUCCGCCUGGACAGAACUACGCCUGGGGAAUUUGUAUGUGAGGUUCACCACAGGAACGGCGUCAUGAGGUGCGGACCCAUCGUACUGUCUUGCAACUACGGAGACCUGCUGCAGUACCCGUUGUUCAUUUACAUCCUGGCAGGAUGCGCAGGGGGUGCAGCUAUCCUGGUGAUGGCUGUGUCCUCGGUCAUCUGCUGCUGCAUGAAGAGGAAGCACAAGUUCAUCCCAGUGCCUUCAGAGGACGAAAAGGAUGACGGAAUUGCGAUGUCAGUGGUCUCCAGUGAAGCUGUGAAGAGCCCCCCCAAUGGAGACCAUGUGGAGGCUCAAGCUGCCCAAAUCGACUGCCCUCCAGUGCCGGAUGCUGCUCAGAUUGGUCCAGGCACUGAGCCCCCACCCCUGGUGGAAGAAAACUUGCCAGUUGUGGUAGAACCUGAAGAAAUGCCAGAACAGGAGAUGAUAGGUUAUGUGGAAAGCCAGGAACAUGCCUCAGACUGUUUUCCGGACCCAACUGAUGACUGAUGUGACAUGGUUGCUGUUUCACCCUCUCCUGAAGCCCGUGAUACCCGUCCUUUGCAUCCCAUAUUCUCACUGUGUGUAAGAAUUGGUCUGGAAAAUUUUAGUAGGGGGAAGAUGUGAUGUGUCAGGCCUGCUAUAACCUCAUUUAAACAAAACAAAAUCAUGUGUGGCUCCAAGGCCACGCUACCAUGGGCUGGCAGGUACCCUAACAAAACUGGGCAGCUCUCUGGUGCUUUGCCUGUUAGCAGACCUGUAGUUACAUGAUGGAGUCCUGAGGACAGCCUGAGAUUGGAUGGGUGAUACCUCCUGCUCCCUGCCCUCUUCAUGCCUUCCCCCAUCUUUGCCAGCCAGUGGCUCCUGCAAGGGACAGGUGGAUUGCAGUAGCACGCCAGUCCCAGGUAGAAAUGAGGACCUGCCAGAAAUUUCCUGAGAAAGCCUCUUCUCAGGAGAUUUCAAGGCAUUUUUUCAUGGGCCUUGCAAAAAGUUUGAUCAAGUUUUCAGCUAAGUAUCUGCUGUGCCAGGUAUUUAUCUGAAGCGUUCCUCUGAGCUCCAGACCAUGUUGAGAUUUGGGUCUCACCACAGACUGCGUGAGGUGUGAAGCGGUGGGCAGGAAGCUCUGCUGGCUUGCUCACAUCCUGAUGCCCUGUCAUGGCAGGGGGCUGUCAGAUACCUUCCACCAGAAUGUAACUGCUUGGGCUGUCAGAGCUCGAACAGCUCCAUCACUAGCUUGCUUGCCUUCAGCAGCAGGUUGCCUGGGGCUUGGGUGCAUUAAUUUUGGCUGAAACAUUGAUUAUAAUGCUGAAAUCAUUCAUCAGUACAAGCAUUAGUGCCUUUAUCGUAAUGGUUUAGCUACUUACCACAAGCUGAUUAAGUUGGCCAUCUGCCUGUGCGUGUAGGCUUUCUCAGUGCUGCGCUAUCUGCAUAGACAGCAGCGAUUUAUGGAGUCCCCUAAGCAAGCCUUGCUGCUGCAAGCAUCCUGCUGUGCUUAAGGGAGACUUGCGAGUGCCGCAGCCGGGGCAGACUUUCAGGGAAGAGGGAGGAGAGGGCAAGGGCUCGAUCCCGUGCCACAGGUAGCUGAGACCCUGACAACGCUGCUGGGGGCUGCUGGGCUACUUGAGUGCUGCAGGGCCGCGUUGCCAGAGCAGGGUGUUUACUGCACGGGUACAUUUUGAUAAGCAAAAGUGAGGUGCUGGGUCUGAAAUGGAUGGGGUAGGGAGGUGUGUUGCCUUUCUCUCUCUUCCCUUGCUCUGCCCCUUCUGUCAUUGUGCUGACGCUGUGUCCCGAGUCCCUUGGAAGCAGGCUGGAGGUGUGCCUUGUGAAUGCCACCCACCCCCUGAGGUCUGCAGGCACCCCUGCAAAAGAAAAACCUACCAAGAACUUCUCUCCCAGGCGGGGGAGCUGGUGGGGUGGCUGUAUGUUUCCCUGGACGUCCCUCGUGUCUGCACGUGGCAAAGCUCUGCGUCGGUGGUGCCCAGCUAUAGGCUGUUCUGCUCCUUGUUCCCGUGUUCUGUGGCUGUCUAAAAGGUUUUUGGAUCCUGUGUGCUGUGUUGGCAAUGAUUCAGCCCGUCUCUGCUCUUUAAGGAUGCUGUAGGAGUCAUAUUUUUCCAUGGUAAGAGGGAGACGACGACUUUUCUCAUGGUGCUGUGCUAUCUCCUUUUGGUACCAACAUUCCUCAAAGGCCGUGAGCUGAGUGACAAAAAAAGUGCGUGACGUGGGGUGCUGGGGUGGCAGCUGCACUUACGCAGCACAGUGACAGGGAUGCUGCAUGGGUGGGGGCCACAGCUGUGAAAAUGGGGAGAUGUGGCCAGCACUGUUUCUCCUCUGCCCAUUCUGGCAGGGGCAGGCAGGGGAUGAUCGGCUCCAGCACAUGCAUAGCCUCGGGGGCUGAACGCUGCUCCCAGCUGUGCUGCAAAUGUGCCAGCAUUUCGGGGCUGAGGGCUGGUGAGGGGACAGAGAUGGGCCAGACUGUCAGGCUCCAGCUCACCUCCUUGCUCUCCUGCUUCUGGGAUGGCUGGGGAUGCUGCGGCUGCUCUCAGCACCCUUAUUAGCAUACCCCCCAGUCUGGGAGGGUUUUUUUCCCAGAGAGAUGAGAGUCAGAGACUUGAGCCAUCUUUACGAGGCAGAUAGGACAUGCACAGCUGGUUUUCAUUGCUUCCCUGCUGAAGAGGCUUUUCAGCAGCGGGGCAAAAUUUUCUGCUACUGUGAGGUCAGGAGAAAAGUUGUGUAGCCUGUACUCUUCCUGUAACUGUACGUGUUCAUGCCCAGCUAUUGUUCUUUUUUAUGGUGUUCUUUUCUUUUCCCUGCAAUGAUUUUGUUCCUAAUAAAAA